CUCACAUUCACCAUAUUCAUAUAGCUCACCUAGGACUCUCCGUAACGCGCUUUCAAAGAUCCAUCUCUAUCAAGUCGCAAUUUCUCUCGGUCCAUCCUCAAAUCCGUUUGAUGGAUUCCGAAUCGCAAUUUGCAAGCAAGGAUGUGGAAGGCAAAGGAAUCAACCCAGGAUUGAUUGUUUUGCUGGUUGUGGGUGGGCUACUGAUAACGUUCCUUGUUGGGAACUAUGUACUGUACAUGUAUGCCCAGAAGACCCUGCCUCCGAGAAAAAAGAAGCCAGUCUCCAAGAAGAAGUUGAAGAGGGAGAAACUGAAGCAAGGUGUUGCAGUACCAGGAGAAUAGAUCAUAAAUAUGUGGUUACUGUCCAGUACGUAAGAUUCGUGUUGUGAGAUGCUUGUUAGUUUUGUUUCUUUUUAUUAUGUAAUGGUGAAGUUGGAUAGUUUUAGACGAGACCCAUCAUUGUGUUUCUAGCCAAGGGUCCGUGAACCAUGGUAAUAAUCAAUCACCUUAGUUCGUGUUGCAUCCGGCUAUUUUCUUUCAACAUUGACAUUGGUUAUCUUGUGAGCAGGUUGUGAACCUAA